GGGAAUCUCAGAGUCCGGUAUGUGACGCCCCCCACGCUGAUACACGUCGCGAGUACAUACAGUACGAGCGCGCGAAUCACAUCUCUGACCGUCACGAUCUACUAGGUCGUACUACAUGAACCAUCCGCGAGCGACUUCAUUUGGCUACGAACACCAGUCUCACGACUCUAGAAAACGUAUUCCAGCAUAUUACCAGCCAAGAAAUUCUCCAGCAAGCCCUCACACGUUUUCAAGGCAUAAUAAUCACGCUUCACUUCCCUCUCACCUUUACAGUCCACGAUCCGCCUCUCCUCCGGCUUCUGCCUACUUUGAACAUGGAGAACAAAAUCUGACACCCAGAGCAGACGCUGGCAGUCAUUUUGCAUACAGCACGACGUUGAGGAGACACCAUGUCGAGGAAUCCGCAGAAGUAAAAAUAGCUCACGAAGCUCAAGGUCUCUGGCAGCAGGUAUUGAGCUGGUUCAACGAGGGUCCUAAGCAUAAAGAAGUCGAACAGAGAGAAUCAGUUGUUGGAAUGCAGAACGAGAAGAAUACGGUUUCAGCCAAGUUUGCACAUAUAUCAGUCGAGGAUACGGUGGCUCACUUUAGAACCCAUCCUACUGAAGGUCUUCCGGAAUCCAGUAUCAGGUCCCUCAUAGACACGCAUGGCUACAACGAAUUCUCUGUGGCCACACCCGAACCUAUCUUAAUCAAAUUCCUCAAGAAUAUAUACGAAAAUCCUUUAAUUCUCCUACUCUGUGCAAGUGCAACCGUUAGUGCAGUCAUGGGGAAUAUUGACGAUGCAGUCAGUAUUACCGUUGCCGUCCUCAUUGUCCUGACAGUGGGCUUUGUACAAGAAAGGAGAUCAGAGAAAAGCCUGGAAGCGUUGAAUAAACUGGUUCCACAUCACUGCCAUGUCAUAAGAUCUGGCCAAAUGCACCAUAUCUUAGCCAAUGAACUAGUACCAGGAGAUCUUGUCACAUUCUCGACUGGCGAUCGCAUACCUGCAGAUAUCCGCAUAAUGACCGUUGUUGAUCUUGAGAUUGACGAAAGCUCCCUAACGGGUGAGACCGAAGCGAGAAGGAAGGGUGUCGAGGCACAAUCUUGGGGAACAACUGUAACUACGAAUGGUAUGGAUUCGGACGAGCCGGUUGCUCUGGCGGAACGGUCGUGUAUUGCGUACAUGGGUACAUUGGUUAGAAACGGUCGAGCAUCCGGGAUUGUUAUUGCCACAGGGUCAUCCACAGAGUUUGGUGCCAUAUUUGAGCUCAUGUCGUCCGUGGAAGAGAAGAGAACUCCGCUUCAAUUGAGCAUGGAUGAACUCGCAAAGAAGCUCAGUCUUAUGUCCUUUGCAAUAAUAGGCGUCAUCUGCUUGAUCGGAGUAUGGCAACAGAGGAGUUGGUUAGAAAUGUUUACCAUUGGAGUUUCACUCGCAGUAGCGGCUAUCCCUGAAGGUUUACCCAUCGUAACGACUGUCACACUUGCGUUGGGAGUCUUGAGAAUGGCAAAGCGAAAAGCCAUUGUAAAAAAAUUACAUUCGGUUGAGUCCCUCGGUUCCGUUUCAGUUAUUUGCUCGGAUAAGACAGGGACUUUGACCAAAAACGAGCAAACCGUCAUGGAGGGUUAUACUGUGGAUGAAUUCUUCAUUCUGGACCCUACCUCGGAUAAGUUUCCUUCUCAAGGCGACGACCAGGAGGUGCAAUUGUCCCCUGCACUCCGAAAGACCAUCGAAAUUGGCGCGAUAUGUAACAACUCUACUAUCGUAAGCAGCGAAGAGGGUCGAAAUGUAAUAGGACAAGGAACAGACGUGGCACUGGUCAACAUUGUGGAGGUAGUCAAGAUGGGUACAAAUCAUAUUGAUCUGAGAGAUGGCUUUCAACGGAAAGGGGAAAAACCAUUCAACUCAGAGGACAAAUGGAUGGCAGUCAGCGGCUCCUACCUUAACGCCCCUUCAACAGAAUUAUACUAUGUCAAAGGUUCCAUUGAAGCGGUUCUCGACCGAUGCAAGUUUUACUACGUCAACAACAGGUCUACUCCAGGUUUAGAUGCUUCUAUCAAAACGGCAAUCCUAGGACGUGCAAAGGGAGUGGCCGCCACUGGUUUGAGGAUAAUUGCAAUGGCUUAUGGAUACGGCAACCCGACUAUUCGGUCGAGUGACAAUAACUCUCCCUCGCACUCGAACGGAGCUUCGCGAUCACACACACCGGUGCCGGACAAAGAUAAUUUGGUUUUUACUGGUUUCUUGGCGAUGUACGAUCCCCCAAGGGAGGGCGUUCGAAAUUCCAUUGAAUCACUUCAAAGUGGCGGAGUGCAAAUUGUGAUGAUUACCGGUGAUGCCGAACCUACAGCCCUCUCGAUAGCGGAGAGAUUGGGUUUGAAAGUUGGAGCUGGACAUAGACGGGAACAUGACAGGGCCUACUACUUGACUGGAAGGGAGAUCGAUGCAAUGAGCAAGGUUCAAUUGAGAGAAAGGGUAGGAAGUGUUACGGUCUUUGCCAGAACGACUCCCAGACAUAAAAUGGCGAUCGUGGAGGCUUACCAGAGUCGUGGUGAGGUGGUUGCCAUGACCGGUGACGGUGUCAACGAUGCACCGGCGCUCAAAGUUGCAGACAUUGGGGUAUCGAUGGGGAAAAGUGGGACAGACGUUGCGAAAGAAGCCGCAGACGUCAUUUUGGUAAACGACAAUUUUAAAACUAUCUUAUUUGCAGUUGAAGAAGGAAAAUCCAUCUUCUAUAACAUACAAAAUUUCCUCUCCUUCCAGCUUAGUACUGCUGCUGCUGCGCUGACACUGAUCACCCUUAGCACCAUGCUGGGUUUGAGCAAUCCUUUGAACGCGAUGCAAAUCCUUUUCAUCAACAUCCUUAUGGAUGGUCCUCCUAGUCAAAGCUUAGGUGUCGAUCCUGUAGACCGAUCUAUAAUGAGCAAGCCUCCCCGAAGAAAGGACGCGCCGAUAAUUACGCAGCGGGUACUCUACAGAGUGUUAUUUUCCGCGUCUAUGAUUGUGUUGGGAACUUUGUUCGUCUACGUGUUUGCUUUAUCGGACGAUAGGAUGUCGAAGCGGGAGCAGACAAUGACCUUCACCUGUUUCGUGUUUCUCGACCUCGUAUCGGCGAUCCAGAAUCGUGGUAUCAAUUGUGGUCUGACCGAUAAUCGCAUGCUCAUGGCCACAGUAUCUAUCUCGGCGAUUACACAGCUCGGGUUGGUGUACGUCCCUUUGAUGCAGAGCGUGUUUCAAACCGCUGCGUUGAGUCUACAAGACCUGAGCGUUCUUUUCGUGCUGGCUGGCAUGAGCUUUGCGCUCCAUGAAAUAAGGAGGCGGUGGGAGAGAAAUGGAGGUGUCGGGAGUGGAUCAUCGACGAUUAUAUUUGGAGAUGAAACAGACGAGAGCUGGAGAGGCAGAGUCCAGGAUAGAGUCUGAGAAACUAUUUAUUUUGGGGUGAUGAGCUUGUUAGUAAAGUAGGCGCACAGAGCAAUAUAUCGAUCAUAGGCCAG